CAAAAAGCGAAACAAAAACAAAAACAACAAAAAGACAAAGUGAAGCGAAAAAGUUUAAAAAUAUAAAAACAAAAUGGCUUGCAGCUUAAUUUCAAGCAACAAAAGUGCGUGAAAAAUUUAUUAAAGCCACUUUCGUUUUCGUUGUGCAGGUGUGCGUGCAGGCGCUGGCGCCUGUGUGCGUAAAAAUACUACGCGCUGCUGCUGGCUGCAAGCUGCUUUAAGCCAGUUGUUGUAGCUGUUUGCAUUGUUGUUGGCGCUUCUGCUUUGGCACGCCAACAGCGACAGGCAACGCAAAGGACUUCGGUGUGCCAGUGCUGCCGACAGCAGCAGCGGUUGUAACGGUAGCAGAAGGACGCACGGAAAACGGUGAAACUGGAAACGUGCGCGUCGCGUGUGGUGAUAUAACAACGGUAUAAAGUUUUUCUCCACAUCUUUUUGUGUGUGGCCUUUUUGUUGUUUGUGGAGUAGUGUGAUUUUUUUACAACCGCGUUGCGGUGCGAUAAAGCGCAUUUACCGUUAUUUGAAUAAGCACAUUAAAUAAAUGAAAGAUUUAUGUUCAACGCUCGGUUCACAUAUGCAAAAAUGUCGUGUUGUGGAUAAAAGCACAAAAAAGAAAGGAGACAUCUGUACAAUCCUACAGCAUUCAAAGUUAUAGUUUUGGCAGCAUUUUUCACAAGAAUCGCCUAUCCGCGAUACUCAAUAGGAGUUAAGUUCGUCGUUCGUCUGCACUGAGAAAUACAUUUUGGACACAACAAAUUAUUUAGCAAUUGCAACGUGAUUGGUUGGUGGACAAUAAUUAAAUGAGGCAACAUGGGAAAUGGCAUGAACAAGGUGUUGCCCGGACUCUACGUUGGCAAUUAUCGCGACUCGAAGGAUCAGCAGCAGCUGGACAAGCAUCAAAUUACACACAUUAUAGCCAUACACGAUAGCCCAAGGCGCUUGCUGCCGGACAAACACUAUCUGUGCGUGAUGGCUGCCGAUACACCGGAUCAGAAUCUCUCGCAGUAUUUUUCAGUUUGCAAUGAUUUCAUUCAUGCUGCGCGUCUCCGUGAAGGUAAUGUGCUGAUUCAUUGCCUGGCCGGUAUGUCACGCUCCGUUACUGUGGCGGUGGCGUACAUUAUGACCGCCACCAAUUUGAGCUGGAAGGAAGCUUUGAAGGUAGUGCGCGCUGGACGCGCCGUUGCCAAUCCGAAUAUCGGUUUCCAGACCCAGCUGCAGGAAUUCGAAAUGUAUCGUUUGAUGGAGGAGCGCAGACGUUUGCGUGAACGCUUUCCCUCAACAGCGCUGGAGCAUUUGGAUCGUUCAAAGUGCUCAGCAGCGUUGGAUAACUAUCAGGAACUCUUGCAGAAUCGUGACAUUUGUGAAGGAAAUUGUACACGCGGUGAAAAGUGUCCGACAGGUGUCUGCAACAUGGAUCCAUCGAAGGGUCUAUUCCGUCGUCGUCCCUCUUCCGCAUCGACGCGUUCACGUCUUCGCGGUCAGCCAUCCACUUCGAGUGCUUCAGCAUCGCCUUCGAUAUCCGCUGCUGGCAUCGCUAAUGUAAUCGCCACAAAUGUGGCUCAAUCGUGUCCAACUUCACCAAGUCAUUCGCCGGCCACACGUCGUUCGCUGGGCACCCAGAAAAUACCCGAAGAUGAGGAGGCGCAAAACCCACCCACACAAACGACAACUACCACAACAACAGCGCAAAUAAACAACGCAACCACGACGACCACCAACAACAGUAACACGACCACCACGUCUAACACGAACACUACUACCAACACUACCACCGCAGCGUUGUCGCCGCUGAUAGCGACAGCGAGUAGUUCAAAAGAGGCGGCCGAAUAUGCGGCCGCCAUCAACGAUGCGAAACGUGAAAGAGAAGCUCUGCACAAGUCACCGCCCGCUGCACGCAUGCGCAAUCCACGUGUGAAUAGCGCUGGCAGUCGCUUGAUAAGCGGUUCUGCAAAGGCGCGCGCCGCCGCAUCUGCUACAGUGACAGCCCAGCAACAGCAGGAUGAAAUGGUGAAGUGCACCACAACUAGAAAUGGUGGCGUUGCCGUGAGUGGCAGCAAUGGGCAAGCACAACUACAACGCAGCGCCAGCACGGUGAGCGGUCUAACGGUGCGUCCGUACAGCAGUCCGGCAGGUCUGCAUGCGUACACAGGCAAAGUGCCCGGCUCGGUGCCAUCGUCCGUCCAUGGCUCGCGCGUAGACCUGCGCGAUCCGGAUAAGGGUUCGGCAAUUUAUUUGGGCUGCUCGGCACCACGCAAUUCGACACUGUCGCUGUCUUCACGCACCUCUUCGGGCAGUUCGGCGCCACCAUCGCCGGUGCGCACGCCGCCAGUGAGCCCGCGGCACGGCAUAAGAAGGGCUGCUACUGUGGUGAAAAAGCAACAGCAAAGGUGAAACAACUGCAAAGCCUGAUAAUGGCCCGUCGCAACGAUCAUUGCUGGAGCAAUCAAAACGCACUACUUUUCGUCGGCAAAAGUGAAGCGAUUAAAAGCGAGUGCUCACGAGCGGCUUUUGCUAAUUUUUGGCGUACUAAUUGCGGGCUAGAAACCGCAAAGCAAGCUAACUGUCUUUGUAUAGGUUCCUUAAAUUUGGUAGACUGUUUAGGAUCAUUGUUUUUAAAUUGUCAAAAGUUCAAAACGUUGGAACACUGUUAAUUGACAAUUGCUAGGGUAACCAGGAGCAUUUUCCCGCGCUUAGCUUACACUUGGCAUAGAAUCUUCAAAAACUCAAAGCAAUUACUUACGUAGUACUAAGGACAUAAGAACUUAGCAAAUAUAGUUUUUUUUACAAUACUAAACUACUAAUUAAUUUACUGUUGCUUAGAUGUACAUACAUAUAUGCAGACAUACAGACAUACCGUAUAUAUAGCAUAAGAUAGAAGCUUGCGAAAAUGUGAAAUUGUGAAAACGAAAAAUUAAGAAAAAUGCAAUUAUUAACAAUUUUCAGAACCGAUUCAAC